AUGCCUCACGGAAUUCGUGCCGAAGAAGCGCCGCCCCCGAACCAGAGUGCAGGCUGCGCCCCGCACCAUCCACACCAUCCGAAGGCCAAUCGAGAUUCGUUUUCUCCUCAGAGCAGAGAGACCUUCCAAGGUCGCAUCCGGGCUGCCCGUGGGAUCGUACUCCUGGUUCUUGGGACACUGAUGGCCCUGACACGGGCGGCGAAGGAAGAGGAAGGAGCGGGAGUCGUGGAACCAGGCCCGGCAUCUUUGCGGACCAAAAGAGAGACAAAAGCCAUUGUGACACCUCAAGUCAAGAAACUCUUGAAAAUAAAGAAGAAGCAUGGGGACGGUGCCUACGGCGGCUGGGGCGGUGGCCUGGCGAAGAACUUCAAGGUGUUCACUUCAAUACGAGCGAAGAGGGAGAAUUUGCUAGAAAGUCCUCCGUGCGAUGGACCCUGUGAGCCGUGGCAUGGUCAUGGUGGAGGAAAUGCCUGCGGAGCUCCGUCUUGGGACGACCUCUGA